AUGUUACAAUCCACAACAGUGAGUUGAUGUCUGGCAGCAUGGACAAGGGAACUUUGGGGUCAGGAUCUAAGAAUAAUAUAUUCUACAUUUUACUGAGAGACUGGGGUCAAGUUGAGGCAGCUGAUGCUAUGUCACGACUAGCCAGGCUUGCUCCUGUCUACCUCUCUAAUCGUGGGUUUUCCAUUGGAAUUGGUGAUGUCACCCCUGGGCAAGGAUUGCUGAAGGCAAAAUAUGAGCUUCUGAAUGCUGGCUACAAGAAAUGUGAUGAAUAUAUUGAAGCACUGAAGACUGGUAAGCUACAGCAGCAGCCUGGCUGCACAGCAGAGGAGACACUGGAGGCACUGAUUCUGAAAGAGCUGUCUGUUAUCCGAGACCAUGCUGGCAGCGCCUGUCUUAGAGAAUUGGACAAGAGCAACAGCCCCCUCACCAUGGCUCUUUGUGGUUCAAAAGGAUCUUUUAUUAAUAUAUCCCAGAUGAUUGCUUGUGUAGGGCAACAAGCUAUCAGUGGGUCUCGAGUGCCUGAUGGCUUUGAAAAUCGAUCCUUGCCUCAUUUUGAGAAGCAUUCCAAGCUUCCAGCCGCUAAAGGUUUUGUUGCCAACAGCUUCUAUUCUGGGUUGACACCCACUGAAUUUUUCUUCCACACGAUGGCUGGUCGGGAAGGUCUUGUUGAUACAGCUGUAAAAACAGCUGAAACAGGAUAUAUGCAGAGACGAUUGGUGAAAUCCCUUGAAGAUCUAUGUUCACAGUAUGACUUGACCGUCAGGAGUUCUACAGGGGACAUUAUACAGUUCAUUUACGGUGGGGAUGGUUUAGAUCCUGCAGCCAUGGAAGGGAAGGAUGAACCUUUGGAGUUCAAGCGUGUUCUGGACAAUGUCAGAGCCGUGUAUCCAAGCCGAAGCGAGCCUGCUCUUAGUAAAAAUGAAUUGGUGCUAACAGCUGAAUCCAUCAUGAAGAAAAAUGAAUUCCUUUGUUGCCAGGACAGCUUCCUGCAGGAAAUUAAAAAAUUCAUCCAAAGCAUGUCUGAAAAGAUCAAGAAAACCAGAGACAAGUAUGGCAUUAAUGACAAUGGCACAACAGAGCCAUAUGUUUUAUACCAAUUGGACCGAAUCACUCCAACCCAGCUGGAAAAGUUUCUGGAGAUCUGUAGGGAGAAGUAUAUGAGGGCACAGAUGGAGCCUGGGUCUGCAGUGGGAGCCCUUUGUGCUCAAAGCAUUGGUGAGCCUGGCACACAGAUGACUCUGAAGACUUUCCAUUUUGCUGGUGUAGCCUCAAUGAACAUUACCUUAGGAGUGCCAAGGAUCAAAGAAAUUAUCAAUGCUUCUAAAACAAUCAGCACCCCAAUUAUCACAGCACAUCUUGACAUAGAUGAUGAUCCCGAUUUUGCCCGUUUGGUCAAAGGAAGAAUAGAGAAGACACUUUUGGGAGAGAUUUCAGAGUACAUUGAGGAAGUUUUCCUUCCUGAUGAUUGUUUUAUUCUUGUCAAGCUUUCUUUAGAGCGAAUUAGGCUGCUGAGGCUGGAAGUUAAUGCAGAGACUGUGAGAUAUUCUAUUUGCAUCUCAAAGCUCAGAGUGAAGCCUGGGGACGUGGUUGUCCAUGGUGAAGCGAUUGUCUGUGUUACUCCCCGAGAGAAUAGCAAGAGCUCAAUGUAUUAUGUGUUGCAAUCCCUGAAAGAAGAACUACCAAAGGUAGUAGUACAAGGUAUCCCAGAAGUAUCUCGUGCUGUCAUUCAUAUUGAUGAACAGAGUGGGAAGGAAAGAUAUAAAUUGUUGGUAGAAGGUGACAACUUGAGAGCUGUCAUGGCCACUCAUGGGGUUAAAGGAACAAGAACGACAUCAAACAACACUUAUGAGGUUGAGAAAACUUUGGGCAUUGAGGCUGCACGAACUACCAUUAUCAGUGAAAUUCAGUAUACUAUGGUAAACCAUGGAAUGAGUAUUGAUCGGAGACAUGUCAUGUUGUUGUCAGACCUGAUGACAUACAAGGGUGAAGUUCUGGGAAUUACUAGAUUUGGCCUGGCAAAAAUGAAGGAGAGUGUAUUGAUGCUUGCUUCAUUUGAAAAGACUGCAGAUCAUCUGUUUGAUGCUGCAUACUUUGGGCAGAAAGAUUCAGUGUGUGGUGUUUCUGAAUGCAUUAUUAUGGGUAUUCCAAUGAACAUUGGAACAGGACUUUUCAAGCUGCUGCAUAAAGCUGAUAAGGAAGCAAUGCCACCAAGACGACCCUUAAUUUUUGAUAACCCUGAUUUCCAUAUCUCUCUUCCAACAUAGCAGCUGGACAGCACCAAAGAAUAACUUGAUGGUAUAUUUUUUAACUGAAAUGUAAUUAGGUGUGUGCUUCUCAAACAGGGUUAGGUGGCUGGAUAGAUGUGAGGUACAUGCAUCUGAUCAGCCACUGGAACAGAAAGUUAGACUUACAUUUGUUAGAGAGAUGGGUUAUGCUGUAAAUGUGUUAUAAGCAAAUGUAUAUUUAAGAGUCAAAGUAAGAAGACAACCUGCACGGUCCUCAGUCCAGAAGUAGAGAUAUUUAUUUUUUUCCCUCCAAAAAUGUAAAAAGGUUUAUGGAGCAUGAAACCUAGGUUUCUAAUGCUGUAGAUGUGAAUAAAGAGACAUUUUUUUCAA